GAGAAUGAUACCUCAAAUGCGCUACGAAGCGACCUACAGACUAACCUUUUAUUCUCUAUUCGAAAACACAAUCACGGAACUACGGUUGCAAAAUGAAAAUAGUUUACUUCCGACUGUAUAGUACGCGUCUUAUAGCUAUCAUUACGGACUGGAAGUAUGCGCAGUUGGCUUACUUCUUGCCUUCGUGAACUUCACGAUCAGUACGCAAAUCACAGGCUGGAUCACGAGCAAGCAACAAUCACGGAGAGCCGCCAGCCUUCCGGUGUCAGCGAGGGAACCAACUCACGCCAGACUGCUAGUGAGCGGCACUGGAAGAGGAAGGCAGCCCCGCGAUCCUCCCGCAACCACUGAGACAGCCGACUUUGGGAUCUGUGAUCGUUUCAAGAGUCUGUUGUCUAUUAACCCGAAACUGAGACAUGACUCAACUAAUCUUUGUGCUGACCCUGGUGGUGACCCUCAGCGGCGGAGAGGCAGAGGUUACGCCCCUACGAGCCGCCGCGCCCCCGAUAACGGCAGCCCCGACCCCGCCCCGCCAGGCCGACCCGGCACCGCGCGGAGGAGGUGACACAGCAAGCCACCAGACUCCUCCCUGCCACCCUCAUUGCAAGGUCCCUGCUGGCCCUAGAAGCCAAGACAGUCACCAAGAUGAAUACCAAACCAAAAAGAACAUCACAAGGGUUGUUGAGGCAGACACAAGCAUGGCAGAAAAUACUAUAAAUGUGGUAAAGAAGAGAGAAGCCAUUUCAUCUACUGAGAAAAGUUAUGAGACUGAACUACACCUUGAAGAUACCUCAGUAAAUGAAAUAGAGGACACAAGUAAUAGCAAAUAUACUGUCGAUGAUGUGUUCAAUAAGGGAGCCUUAGCCAUACCUUAUGACACCCUGGGAUGGUUCUCCAAGCUUGUCGAGGUGGCUUUGGAUGGGUCACUGUACAUUGGUCUUGCCCUCGGGAUUAUGUUCCUCUCUGCCUCAGUGCUUUCUGGAGCCAUUGGAGUGUUUGGGGAUACCUGCCUCAUCUGUGCCUUCAUAGGCUAUGCUAACACUGUGGGUCCCUGAGAGGUACAUUGGUUUGUAUUUUAGUAUACAACUUGUUUCAUUGUUUUAUACUUUAAUGAAUGAAUAGCAGUAACUGUUUUAAGUUCAUAUUUUUUAUAUUUUUUAUAUAUCAGUUAUUGUGCACAAGUAUAAACUAGGUCAAAAGGCAAUUGUUUGGGGGCUUCAGGGACACAUACAAGUCAUACAUUCAAUCACACAUCUACAUUUUCACAUGAAUCAAUCACAAAAAUGCUCUUAAAAUCUCUUUACCAAUGACAUUAGUAGUAUAACUUUAUUGUUAUAGUGACUACCUUUUCCUAUAUAUUGCUCAUGAUAUUUAUUUGGGUAUUUAUCUUUUGGGACCUUUCACGAUUCAAGGGGUCAAGGCUUGGGUCUUAUCAUCCUCCAUCUUCUGUCCACAUCCCUCACUGCUGCACACACUAACUCACCAUUGCAUCCUUUACAAAAUACUUAUUUUAAACAAGUGUUCUUCCUGAGGUCAUCCUUUCACAUUUACCACAUUCAUCUUCCUCUCAUAUGCCCUUUCCCAUUAAAACCUCUCCCAUACUGCCAGUGACCAUGGCUCAGUGUGUUACUCUUGACUACAUUUACCAGUCAAUAGCUCAUUGUCUUACCUUUACUAGCCAUGAAAUAUGUUCUUUACACAUUAUCACUGCUCCAUUCUGUUACCAUUAUCAUCACAGACAGCUCAUCGUUGUUGUUCAGAUCCUCAACCUCUGACUAUUGGUUCAUGUUCAUAUCUCACCUGUAUUUGUAAGAAUUACACAAUGAUUGUGAUAAUACAAAUAAAGUUUUAUAUCCAUGUUACAUAAAGAAAGUUUUAUGGCUUUCAAUUCAUUGCUUUGUUAUGGCGAUCUAAAUAACUCAUGUGCAUUACUCUACCAUUAUUUCUAAAUGACAUCAAUUUGAUGCUAAGGCAGUGUGCAUACACAAAUACAGAUGCAUCAGGAAUACAUAAAAAUAUAUGAGGAAUGCUUUGUUGAUUUACUAUCCAAUUGCUGAUAGAAGGGAAAACAGAGAAUGUUCAGGAGCACCAGUGGACCUAACUGCAUCAGACGUGAACAACAGAAUUUUACACCAGUAAGUCAAGAUUUAUUAACUGCAAAUUCUGGUCUGUUUAAUGUUGCUCACCAAACUCAUAUUCUUGUUCACUGAAAUGAUAACAUAAAUGCAAACAAAGAUUCCACUGUCUUAUGCAUGAAACAAAUACCAUACCACUACAGUGGCAAUACAAUGUGAGUAAUCUUCAAAUGGCACCCAUUUUAAAAAUCAGACUUUAUUUUCAUCAUAAACUUUUGGAAUAAUACAUAGUUUUGACCAAGAACUGUUGUUAGACAUUCCUAAGUCAAUGUUAAUGAUGAUUUAUUAAGUUAAUAAACAAAUUAAACUGAUCCUUGUUAGUUUAUGUACAGUUCUAUCUUAAGUUCUCAAGGCAAUCAUAAAAUUCCAAGCUAUUGUAAAGUACAGUACUUCUCCCUUCAAGUAAAAAACUCUUUAUCAGGCUAGAGAGCUAGAAACACAGCCCCCAGAAAUGUAUGUAGUCCUCAGCACAUUGAUUUUUUUUUUUUUGUGUGUGUGUGUUUGUGUGUGCAUGUGUGUGUGUGUGUGUGUGUGUGUGUGUGUGUGUGUGUGUGUGUGUGUGUGUGUGUGUGUGUGUGUGUGUUUUGUGGGCAUAUAAGGCUAUAAACCGGUAU